UUCUUUUUUUUUUUUUUUUAAUCUAAAUAUUUUUAUACAAUAACACAUAAUAAACAUUUAUAUUUUUAACACUUUUGAAUAAAUGUAUACAAGAAUAUUUUUAUAAAACUCUAAACUUUUUAAAAAUAUGUAUUUCCAAUGAGAUCUGAUACACCAAACUCGAGCAAUUCCACUUUUAAUUUUUUAAAAAUAAAUUAUUCUCUGAAAUGCCUCGUAUCUAUAGUUAGAAGGAUUUUUUUCAAAACCUCUUACAACCAGGUUAAAGGAGCCGACCGAAUUUCUCUGUACGCUAAACCUUGUCAAGUCCUUAAUAUCACUGUUGUACGCUCAAGGCACCACAGAGACGUAAUAGAAUUUAACUUGUCUUGUUAUAAGUUCAUUUGAUUGUAAUCACUUGAAGACAGUCAUAUACACUAUACUUUCAUGAAUAUUUUCCAGCAAUAUUUGUAUAUUUUUUAAUAAUAAUAAUAAUGAAUUUAGCAGAAAACUUUUGUUAAACUGUUUUAAUAACCUCAAUAUAAAAUUUAUUUGAUAUUUAAAAUUAACAUUAAUAUGGAAACAUAUUUUAUUUCAAUAUUUCAAUUAAUUUGAAGCAAUUGUUAUACUAAAACAAACACAAAAUUUCAGAUUUGUGAUAAUUCUAAAAUUUAGAUGACAUCAUGAAAUUUCAACUGCUUGCUCAUACAACCCAUUUAUUUACCAGUUAAGCAGAAAAAUCAAUCCGUUUUCUUAUAAAUUUGCUUUUAUCUUUUCUUUUACAAAAUUUUGAAAAUUGGACUAAACAGGGUUUGGUCUAAUAGGUCCAAAUUAAAUUAUUGAAGUUGUAUCAUCGACCUAAAAACACCUAGCUAUAUUUUCUUCUUUUUCUUCAACAAAUUUUCAUUAUAUCAUUAUGUUAAAGCGUUUUAAUGAUAACAUUUUCUAAUAAAAAUAAUUUUGAAAAAUAUAUUUUGACAAUUUUAAAACUUUCGCCACAUAUUUUUUUAACUGCAUAAAAGUCAAAUCUCUAGUAAUAACUAAAUGAACUAUAAUCUAAACCAUUCAAACAUAAAUAAUGUACAAUAGAAAAAGGUAAGAAAUAAAUACAAAAUAUCCAUUUCAGAAUGAAUAAAAGUUAUUGAGAUAAAUUAAUUUUGACACUAAAUAGUAAUUCUACCAAAAUAAAUUUUGUUCCGUUGAUAUAUUAUAAUCAAAAUGAAUAAAUUAGGAGUUAGAAAAGCCUAAAAUAAAAUGCUAUUAUUACGGAAGUAUGGACUAUUUAAAAUAAUUCUUAAAACUAAAAUAGAAAAAAUAUAUAAAUUAAAAAAAAAAAAAGACUACACUUCUACAACCUUUGGUUUUGUGUUUAAAGUUAAAUAUUUUGACUAAAACUUAAGUGACUAAUAAUUGGUGCAGCUAAAAAGAAAAUUCAUAUUUCUACUUACAAGAUUAAUGAAUUUAUAUACUCGAAAAUAUAUGAUUUUUUUAUCACAACUCCAAAAGAAAAAAAAAUUAUAUUUUCAAAUAGAAAGUUAACAGUUCUUGAAAGCCAAAUAUAUGUAUACAAUAUUUCAUUUAAAAAAUAUAAAAUAUUUAAUAAAUUUGAAAUCGAGCCGAUUGUUUUUUUUUUAAUCAAGAACAAUAUACCAUUAACUGAACUUAUGAUAUGACCACAAAAGGUAUUACCAAUAUCAUUGGUGAUUUUUGCUCACAAGGUGACUAUUGAAGUCGUAGACAUUUGCAGUUUGAUCGCCGCAUAUGUUGCACUUCCAAGGGCUGGCUUCUGAGUGACAACCUUUGUGAAGAAGAUACAAAGUCGAAUCGGGAAAAGUUAUGCCACAAUAUUGGCAAGUUUGAUUGAGAAUUGACUUCAAAUGUACAGGUUCUGGAGCUCUUUGACUAGAAGUUGGGGCAUUAGAAUCUCCGGACUGCGGGGACCCGCUAGGACUCUCGGCACACUCAUCAUCAACAACCAGCUGAGGGGAAGAAGGCGAUUGUGGAAGAGAAAUUUCCACAUGGGGAGUCAAAAAAUGCAUUGGAGGUGUAACACUCUCUGCCACACGUUCUGUAUUGUAACCUGGUUGAUCUAAAUCGAUGCCAUGUCUGUGAUGAAAGUGAACUCGUAAACUUUUCAUUGACGCAGCAGUAAAAUCACAGAGCGGGCAUGUCUUUAUUGGAGCAUCGCCUUGCUGGACAUGCUCGUUUUGAAAAUGAGCUCUCAUAGCAAUCUGCCUUUGGAAUCCUCUAAGGCAAAUAGGGCAUUUAAAGAGAUUAGCUUUUGCAUGCGUUGUCGAAUGUUCCUGUAAGUGAUCCUUACGAAAAAACCUCUUCCCACAAAUCCGACAUUCGAAUGGUUUCACUCCAGUAUGCCUCAUUUUAUGCCUUCUCAUAUUUGCUGAAUUAGAAAACUUCAUUUGGCACACAUCACACUCAUACAUUUUUGAGCGGGAUGUACACAUAGCCAUGUGAGUAAGCAGGGCUGUGUGUGAGACACUUUCAUAGUCACAUCUUUCACACCUAUGAGUUGGUAUUUUGCCUUCUGAAGAAUCAUAAUUAGUAUUUAAUCCUGAUUCUGCAUUAUUUAUUUCUUCAUUAUCACAUUCAUCCUUGCAAAUAUCUUCUUCUUUGAAAGUUCUAGAAUCUACAUCAGAAGUAGAUUCUUCUUUAAUGCUAUCGUUAUCAUCUUCCGCCAUGAUCCAAUCUUUCCAAUUAUCUUCUCUGACACAAUAUUUCAUUUGAAAACAAAUAUAGGUUCAUAUAUGUAUGCCCUAGAUCCCAUUAGUAGCAAAAUGAGGGCAAACCAUUAUAAUGGUUAUCACUAAUGCAAAUAUAAACUUCAUUCACAUGGUAUCUUUGGUUAUUAUAGAGGGUUUAUCUAUUAGUAAUCACUUAAAAAUUACAUAAAUUAUCACUGACCGUAAAUACUUUGUACAACUACUGACCUACUCUGAACUGACAGCAAACCGACCCAAAACAACAUACCCUGUUUACAACCUAACCUAACUUGGGUAGCCAUAUUAUGGAGUGCUUAAAUAAAAAAAAAAUAAAAAAUGAUAAAAAGUCAGAUGAGAAAUCAUCAUUUUAAAAAGAAUAACAGAAUUAUCAAAUAUUCCAAUGUCGAAGCAAAGCACAGUUUAUUUCAUAGACACAAACAACUACUAAAUAUUUAUGCAUUAUACGCUCAAGAAAUAACAUUAAAAUAUACAUGAAUAAUAACAUCAGAACUAUUUAAUUAUAAAGUAUAAAAAAUACUAUUUAAUGAAAACAUAUAAAAAAAUAUUAUACAACUUUAAUAUUAAAAACUUUCACCUAUUGCACAGAUUUAUUAGUUAAAAGACGUGCCAGUUAUCAAGAAGCCAGUAGCUGCGGUAGUGUUCACUUCACGUUCUGUUUCUAGGAAAGGCUUUAAGUUAAUUCUAUUUUUUUUUAAUGUUUCACACUAUAUAUUGUAAUCGCGGAUUGAUACUUGAAUCUGCAUCAAUAUGGGCAAGACGAAGAAAGGCCGAAAGGUAGAAUGUGAUGACGAUAUUGAACCAUCUGGAGUUGAAAAAGAAGUUGAAAAUGAUGUUGCAACUUCUAAAUCGAAAACGAAAAAGGAGAAAAAGGCAGUAGAUUUAGAUUCAGAUGUUGAAGAAGAUACAUUUAAAAAAAAGAAAAAUAAAAAAUUAGGAAAAGUACAUGAUGACACUGAUGAUUUAGUUGAUGACGUUCAAGAACUUUCUUUGAAUGCUAAAGGAAAAAAGGAUAAAAAGAAGAUGGUUGAAGGACGAUAUGGCGACAUCGACAACGAUCCAAAACAUACUGCGAGGAGAACAAAGGAGUGGUUAAUAAUUAAUGUUCCAAAACAGCUUCACACUCCUCCUCAGUCACCAGAUAUAAUUAUCAUUGAAAAUUUAUGGCACACCCUUGACCAAAAUGGCAAGAAUGUUCAGGACGCAGAUGAAGAGCGGUCUAAAAAAGCACCUUCUAAGAAGGGUAAAAACCGCGGGUCGGAUUCAAGUGAUGGUGAAGAAGAACCUGUUGCCAAGACUGAAAAGAAGAAAGGAGGAUUUGCUUUGCUAGCCAUGUCCGAUGAUGAAGUCGACAAAAGUGAUGAUGAUGUCGAUGAAGAUGAUGAGGAAGUCAAGGAGGUGGAGAUUAAACCAGAAGUCAAAAAAGAAAAGGAGAAAGAUAAGAAAGCUGGAAAGAAACCAAAAAAGAAGAAGAAAGAUGACGAUGAAGAUUUAGAUAAGAUUUUGGCUGAAUUAGAGAUGGAAUAUGCUGGUAUACCAGUUCCUAAAACAGAAGAACUGCCAGUCGAGGAAAAAGAAGCCGAAAAGGAUAAAAAAGGAAAGAAAAAGAAAAAAGGCGAAGAAGAUAAGAAAGAAUCUGAAGAUGUUUUGCCAGAAAAUAAGGAAAUGGAUGUAUCUCAAGAUCAGAAAAGUGUCACAGAUCUGAAAGAAGAUGUCAUUGAAGAUGACGAAAAGACAACGAAAUCUCAGAAAAAGAAGGAGAAGAAACAGAAACAGAAAGAAAAGGCUACAUUAAAGGAGGUAGAACCACCAGCAAAGGUGGAAACUGUAGUUGCUCCCGAACCCGAGAAACCUGAACCUGCUGCCGAAGCAGGAGAUGCUGAUGGAGACGAGGAUGAUGACAAAAAGAAGAAAAAGAAGAAGAAAGGCAAAGGAGAGAAAGAAGAUAAGGAUAAGGGUGGUAAACCGAAUAAGAAAAUGAUUGCUGCUAUGCAGGAAACUUUACGUAAGAUCAAGGAAGAGGAAGAAAAGCAAGCUCUGAUAGAGGCUGAAAAAUUGAGAAAAGAGGAAGAAGCGGAAAGAGCGAGACAAGAACAGAUCCGUCUUGAGAUAGAACGUAAAGAACGUAAAAAGCAAAAGGAAAAAGAAAGGAAAGAAAGGCUGAAAGCCGAGGGAAAACUUCUCAACCAAAAACAGAAAGCGGACAGGGCUAGAGCUGAGGCUAUGAUUGAGGCAAUGAAGGCUAUGUAUGCUGGGUCGCCAACUUCUCAACCUCCGGCCAAACCAAGGCCUUUUACCAAGCUUAAGAAACCUAAGAAAGAAGAUAAACCUGCCACUGAAGAGGUACCGAAGGUCCAAGUUGAAAUAAUUGAACCGACAAAGCCUGCUACUAAAGAAGAAGUUCAACCUCCUAAGGAAGAAGAAGAUGUUAAAGAUUCGUGGGAUGUUGAAUCAGAUGAGGAAGAUAAAUCUGAAGAAACUAGUCAACCUAAAGAGGUUGUUAAAAAAGUGGAACCAGCUCCAGUGGCGAAAAAGAAGGUAGAAGAGAUUGAAAAGGAAGAGUCUGAGGAUGAAGAUGACGAUGACGAAGAAGAUGAAAGUUCAGGUAGUGACGAAACGUCUAGCGAUAGUGACAGUGAGGAUGAGAAGAAGAAGACAGACGCAGAUAGGCGAAGAGAGAAAGCUCUCGAUCGUAUUAGAAAACGCCAAGAAGACGCAGAGAAAGCAAAAUCUCCAGAUGAACUCAGGGCAGCUGUUGUAUGUGUUUUAGGACAUGUAGAUACUGGUAAAACUAAAAUAUUGGACAAGCUGAGGAGGACUAACGUACAAGACAGUGAAGCUGGAGGUAUCACACAGCAAAUAGGAGCCACAAAUGUACCCAUCGAUGCCAUCAAAGAACAGUCCAAAAUUGUUAAAGGGUUUAACUUAGCUGAUCUGAGAAUCCCUGGUUUACUUAUUAUUGACACACCCGGUCACGAGUCCUUUUCAAAUCUGAGAUCCCGAGGAUCAUCGCUGUGCGAUAUCGCCAUUCUCGUGGUCGAUAUUAUGCACGGGCUCGAACCUCAGACGAUUGAGUCUCUCAACCUUCUUAAACAGAGAAAAACUCCUUUCAUUGUUGCAUUGAAUAAAAUUGACAGGUUGUAUGACUGGCAAACAAUGUUGAGGAAAGAUGUCCGUGAUAUAAUCAAAGGACAGGCAGCCAACACCCAACUAGAGUUUGAACAGAGGGCGAAUGAUGUAAUCUUGCAGUUUGCCGAACAGGCUACAGUCUUGGAAGUUAAAGCCAUUCCAGGCUUGGGCACAACUAUCGACGUCAUCUUGGUCAAUGGUUACCUGAGAGAGGGUGAAACUGUCGUUCUCGCAGGUACAGAUGCCCCCAUCGUAACCCAGAUCAGAUCACUCCUCAUGCCGCAGCCUCUUAAAGAAUUGAGAGUGAAGAAUGCCUAUGUCGAGUAUAAAGAAAUUAAAGCUGCUCAGGGUGUUAAAAUUGCUGCGAAGGACUUGGAAAAAGUUAUUGCAGGUCUUAAUCUUCGUGUUGCUGAUAAGCCUGACGAAGUGGAAAUAUUGAAAGAAGAAGUAGCCAGAGAAUUGAAGAUUAUCGAUCCGGUCGCCAUUGAUGCCGCUUCAGAGACCAACCUCUUCGUGGCCCAGGAGGCCCUCAAGUUCUUGUAG